GCAAACCAUGCUGCGCAAGGGUAUCACGGACAGCUUCGGAGCUGCUAUCCAUGCCCUCGGCCCCUCUCAGCUGACCGACGGGGUCAUCCACAGGAGCAAACGGAUGAUGCUGGACACCCUGGGUGUUGGACUGCUGGGAACCAGGACGGCUGUCUUCAACAAGGCUCUCAAGUACAGCCAGACGUUCACGUCCGAGCAGAGGAGCAGCGUCUGGGGCCGAUCAGAUUUAACUCUGCCUCCAUGUUACGCGGCUUUCGUCAACGGCAUCGCGGUUCACUCCAUGGACUUCGACGACACCUGGCAUCCAGCAACCCACCCCUCUGGAGCCGUCCUGCCGGCUCUGCUGGCGCUGGCCGAGCAGCUGCCCAGCCGGCCCUCUGGUCUCGACCUGCUGUUGGCUUUUAAUGUCGGCAUUGAGGUGCAAGGGCGGCUGCUGAGAUUCUCCAGGGAGGCCUACAACAUCCCUGAAAGGUUCCACCCUCCCAGCGUCGUCGGAGUGAUGGGAAGCGCCGCAGCCUCAGCCAAACUCCUCGGCCUGUCUCCGUCUCAGUGCAGUCACGCGCUGGCCAUCGCCGCCUCCUCGGCCGGGGCGCCUUUAGCCAACGCCGCCACUCAGACCAAACCUCUCCACAUAGGGAACGCGGCCCGGAGAGGCCUGGAGGCCGCCCGGCUGGCGCGGACAGGACUGGAGGGGAACCCGGCCGUCCUGGACGUGGACAGCGGGUUGGGGGUGUACUACAAGGACUACAGCCCGUCUGCGAUGCCCGACUGCGCUUCCGGGGCCUUCAGGUGGAUCCUGGAGGAUCAGGAUGUGGCCUUCAAGCGCAUCCCCGCUCACCUGGCCAUGCACUGGCUGGUGGACGCCGCGUUGGCAGCCAGCGCAGAGCUCCAGGAGACGGUGUGGAGCUUUGACCCGAGCCAGAUCCGACGGGUCACCCUGAGAGUGCCUCCAUCCAAGUACAUCGACGUCCCGCUGCCCACCACGGAGCACCAGGCCCGGCACUCGUUCCAGUUCAACGCCUGCUCGGCCCUGCUGGACAACAAAGUGACGGUCGCCUCCUUCGACCCGGCUCAGAUCAACCGGCCCGCUCUGCGGGAGCUCCUGUCUAAAGUGGAGGUGACGACGCCCGCAGAUAACCGGCCCAGCUUCGACGACAUGUACUGCGAGGUCCAGGUAGAGACGGCUCAGGGGGGGAGCUGCACGGCCCGGUGCAACACCUUUUACGGCCACUGGAGGAAGCCGCUGAGUCAGCAGGACCUGGUGGAGAAGUUCUGCGCCAACGCGUCCUCGGUGCUGAGCUCAGAGGGAGUGGAGGGGGUGAUCGAUGUGGUGGGGAACGUUGAGAGGGUGCCGGAGUGCUCGGUGUUGGGCUCGUAUCUGAGGAUGACCAGCGACGCACACCAGCGGGUGUACAGCACAAGGAAGCUCUGACUGUGACGGGUUUAACGCCACGUGUGUGUGU